AUGGAGGGCGUCGUCCAUAGUCACUUUGAUGAGAGAGUACGCCCAUACAUUGACUUGAUUGAUUCAUUGAGGCUGAUUGGCAUUGAGAAGGAUUUGGCUCUGCCGAUGAUAGCUGUAAUCGGAGACCAGAGUUCUGGGAAGAGUUCUGUGCUAGAAGCGCUUUCUGGGGUUGCACUGCCUAGAGGAAGUGGUAUUGUCACCAGGUGCCCACUAGAACUCAAACUACGGAGACUGAAGUGUGGGAUCCACUGGAGGGCAAUCAUAUCUUACCAAGACAAAUAUAUUGAAUUUUCCGACCCAUCUUUGGUGGAGGGUUAUGUUAAGAGCGCCCAGAAUGAGCUUGCAGGAGAAGGUGUCAGAAUCUGUGAUGAACUGAUCAGUUUGGAAAUCAUGUCACCAGAAGUGUGUGACCUCACACUCAUUGAUCUUCCUGGAAUUGCCAGGGUGCCAGUCAAAGGUCAACCAAAUGAUAUUGGGGAACAAAUAAAAAAUCUGAUCCUGUCAUUCAUUGAGAAGAAUGAAACCAUCAACUUGGUAGUUGUUCCAUGUAACGUUGACAUAGCAACAACAGAAGCACUGAAAAUGGCACAAGAAGUAGACCCUGAAGGAAAACGUACUCUCGCUAUUCUGACCAAGCCAGACCUGGUGGACCGGGGAACAGAGAGGAACAUCUUGGACAUAGUUCACAAUCAGGUUAUACCUCUGAGUAAGGGUUAUGUCAUUGUGAAAUGUCGUGGGCAGAAGCAGAUAGAUGACAAGAUUUCCUUGGCAGAUGCCACACGAAUAGAGAGAGAUUUCUUCAGACGCCAUGAGUUUUUUAGCUCUCUGUUAUAUGAGGAGAAAGCCACAAUUCAAUGCCUUUCAAACAAGCUAACUCAAUAUCUGGUAGAACAUAUUAAGAAAUCACUGCCACUGCUCUCAGAGCAGAUUAAGAAGCAGCUCUGGGACCUAAGGAAGGAUCUUAGUCAGUGUGAGCCUGGUCCACCUCUGGACCCUCAAAAGAGGAAAGCCUUCCUCAUUGACACCUUAACUCGGUUCAAUGACAAGAUCAAUCGUCUGGCAUCGGGGGAGGUUGUGAAUAAGGAGAACCUGUUCGUUCUCCUGCGGACUGAGUUCAAAAAGUGGAUGUGUCAUCUUGAUGAAACCAAGGAAUCCUUUCACCAGACAGUGCAGGAUGUGAUUAGAGAGUAUGACCAAAAACACAGAGGAAGGGAGUUGCCAGGGUUCAGUGACUAUAAUGUGUUUGAGAUGGUGGUGCAAAGACUGGUGAUCCAGCUCAAAGGCCCAGCUGUUGACACACUGAGGAUCAUAAGAGACACAAUCCAGACACAGUUUACGGAUAUAUCCAAAGCCUGCUUCCUAAACUACCCUUUUCUUCAGUGUGUCACUCUGAACAAGAUAGACAAUAUCCAGUCAAAGCAGGAAGCAAAAGUGGCAGAGAGGAUCAGGGAGCAGUUUGAGAUGGAGGAACUUGUCUACACCCAAGACGGCAUCUACUUCAAAACCUUAAAGGAGACUGCCCCUGCAAUAGGGGUUGAAAAGGCCUCAGAAGACAACUGUGCAGGCUUUGAUAGCAGGUCCAAUUACCCUGAGAUGCUGAGGGCCUAUUAUGAGAUUGUGGUCCAGCGGCUGGCAGACCAGGUGCCCAUGCUGAUUCGUUUCUUCAUGCUGAAGGAGUCAGCUCGACUUCUCUGCACCGAAAUGCUGGGUUUGAUGGAUGGUGCCAAUGUGGGUGAGAUCCUGCGGGAAGAGUCCGAUAUCAGCAGACGACGCGUAGACAUGCAGAACCGCGUGGAUCGACUGAGCAUGGCUCAGGAGAAGCUCAGCAACUUCAUCUGA